AUGAGUCGGCGGCGGGCAGAGUCGCAGGGCUCCGUGGGGCCUGAUGAUGAGGCCAUGCCCUACAGCGACGACGAGACGGACGACGAACUGGACGAUAGCUCAGAGGGCGAAGCAGAAGAGCCUGAUAUGCCUCACCCCCCGGUGGACAUGAGGCCAAGUGAAAUGGGCUGGAAGGUGAAGGCCAACGACCGGCCCUAUCACCAGUUGCCUGAGUUUCAGAAAAAGGUUUUCCUUUGCAUAAAGAAGAGCAGAUACUCGGGAAAUGCCAUUAAGACAUAUAAGUACAACGUCCUCACCUUCCUCCCACUGAACCUGUACGAGCAGUUUAAGAGAGCAGCCAACCUUUACUUCCUGGCUCUGCUUAUCCUGCAGAUCAUUCCAGAUAUCUCCACUCUGCCCUGGUACACCACACUGGUUCCUCUGGUCGUGGUGUUGGGGGUCACUGCCAUAAAAGACUUGGUGGACGAUCUGGCACGUCACAGGAUGGAUAAAGAGAUCAACAACAGGAAGUCUGAGGUCCUGUUAGAUGGCAGGUUUCAGGAGUCAAAAUGGAUGAAUAUCCAGGUUGGAGAUGUGGUCCGCCUCAAGAAAAACGACUUUAUUCCGGCUGACAUCUUGUUGUUAUCCAGCUCCAACCCAAACAGUCUGUGUUAUGUGGAGACAGCGGAACUGGAUGGAGAGACCAACCUGAAGUUUAAGAUGGGGCUCCGAGCAACUGACGAGAGACUGCAAACAGAGCGACAGCUGGCAGAGUUUGGGGCCUUAAUCGAAUGCGAGGAACCAAACAACCGUCUGGACAAGUUCAUGGGGACCAUGCUGUGGGAUAGCGAGCGCUACCCGCUGGAACUGGACAACAUGUUGCUCAGAGGCUGCAAGAUCAGAAACACGGAGUGGUGCCACGGGCUGGUCAUCUACGCAGGGGCUGACACCAAAAUCAUGAGGAACGGUGGCAAAACCAGGUUCAAGAGGACCAAAAUAGAUGAGCUGAUGAACUACAUGGUUUAUACGAUCUUUGCUCUGCUCAUCCUCGUGGCGGCCGGUCUGGCCAUCGGUCACAGCUUCUGGUACGCGGAAAUUGGCUCCAAGGCGUGGUAUCUUUUCGACAACAAAAACCACAACUCCGACUACAGAGGCUUCCUCAGCUUCUGGGGAUACAUUAUCGUCCUCAACACCAUGGUGCCCAUUUCGCUCUACGUCAGAGGUACACUUUCACACACUUUGUGUCAUAAAUCCGCUGCUUUGUCACACCUGGUUUGUCCGGUCUUCCCACAGGUGAUCCGACCACCGCCGAGGCCGGUGGACUGGAGCUGGAACCGCCAUGCUGACAACAAAUUCCAGUUCAUGGAUAAUUACCUGGUCGCCCAUGUCCGCUCCAAGAAGGACAAAGACGCCACGGAGUUCUUCAAACUGCUCGCCCUCUGUCACACGGUCAUGGUGGACGACAAAGACGUUGUCUGUAAACUGAUGUGCAGUAGAGGAAAGGGUGGAAAAUCAGCUCUGAGGACGCUGUGCUCCAUGUGUCCGGCAGGUCAGCUGCUGUAUCAGGCCGCCUCUCCGGACGAGGGCGCUCUGGUGACCGCCGCCCGGAACUUUGGCUUCGUGUUCCUGUCCCGCACGCAGGACUCCAUCACCAUCAUGGAGAUGGGCCAGGAGAUGACCUACGAGAUGCUGGCGCUGCUGGACUUCAACUCUGACCGCAAACGCAUGUCCAUCAUCUUGAAGUUCCCUGAUGGCCGCAUUCGUCUGUACUGUAAAGGAGCAGACACCGUCGUCUAUGAGCGCCUCUCCCCCAACUCCAAAUACAGAGACAGCACGCAGAACGCUUUGGAUAUUUUUGCCAACGAGACUUUGAGGACGCUGUGUCUGUGCUACAAAGACAUCAGUGCCAGUGAGUACGAGGCCUGGUCCAGGAUGCACAAAGAGGCCCAGGUAGCCAUGGUUGAUAGAGACGGUGCCCUGGACCGCGCCUAUGAGAAGAUAGAGAGCAACCUGAUGCUGAUCGGAGCAACUGCUAUCGAGGACAAACUGCAGGAUGGAGUUCCAGAGACCAUCGCUAAACUGGCUAAAGCUGACAUCAAGAUCUGGGUCCUAACUGGGGAUAAGAAAGGCGCGGUCGAGGGCUCCGUCUCUAUCAACCAUGGCUACCUGGGCCUCUUUGUGCAUCCUGGACCAAGCCUCGUCAUCUCCUGGCCCAUCUCCAUGAUGGUGAUGGAGUCCUGCGUGCGGGACAGGAACACGAAGCCAAAGUUCCUGGCGGCGGUCACCAGAGCGCCCUCGUCCGGAGAGGCCGCCUGA